UAGCAUGAAUGAAUAGCACAAUGUUUGUAAUAGCAGUACAAACAUUUAUUAAAAAAUAUAGUAAAAGCUAAGUAGCUUAAUGGUAUUGUAUGUGCAAAUUUGUACUGUGUGGUAGUGUAUGUACAUAUUAUUUAAGAUGCAAGUAUUUUUUACCCAAGUAAAGUCAGAUAAGGAUGGAGUAGUAGGCCUACCUCUUAUAAUGCAAUCAGUUUAAGAGGGUAAAGGCCAAAAUAUACCUCCACUAAAAGCGAUAAAGGCCACUGCACUUCUGUAUCAUUUUGAUAUUGCAGCGAUAUUUAUUGUCCUCUGUGUGUGAAAUCAGGGGUUUGAACUUUGGAAGUCUUUACACUUUAGCAAAGAUAGAAAAGAGUAAUAAAUUACAUCUGUUUGCACAUUUUUGCAAAGCCAGCCAUUUCACUUUUAUGUAAUUAGAUUUUGGUAAAGUAUUGCACUCUAAUUUUAAUUUUUUUGUUCAUUUACGUCUAUAAAACAUAAAGGCCAUAAGUGUUUUAAUGAAGUGCAAAAGAAUGCAAAAGAAACUAUUCUAUAAUUUAUUUUAAAUAUUACUUACAACUGCUAAGCAUCAGAAUUUAAAAGGUUCAGUCUACAUAUGCAAGAACACAACAUUUCUAAGGAGUAUACAACUUUUCAGCUGGUCUUUUUCAACUGGUGUUAUAACUCAAUUUUAUUACUAUGAAUCGUUAUCACAGAUAUUAGGGGUUAGGAAUGGGACAGCUACCACCAUAAAGCCCAGUGAUUAUCAUACCAUUUCAAAUUCUAAAUAAUAAUAUCAUAAUAGCUGAGCAUGACCGCUGUCUUUUCUCAAAACAUGACAGUGGAAGUAAAUGAUCUACUGUGAAAGUCCCCAUGCAAAUUACAUUGCUGGACACAGAGAUCCAUUCUAGUUAUGCUGUGCUUAAAAAUCACAUUUGAUAUAUACAGCAUACGUUGUGUACAUUGUUCUAUUAUUCCUUCACUAAAAUAAUUAAGAACAAUAGUAUAUGCAUGAAUAUAUUUCAUACCUGCAUAAAUCAAUUCCCUGAUUUCCCUUAAUUAGAUCUCCUUUGAAACUGAGAUAUGCUCAUUAGAGGAGUUAAGUGGUGGUACAGUAGUCAGGAAUGCAUAAUUGUGCAAAGUAUCUUCUCACACUUACUGCAAAACAGCUAUAGGGUAAUUGUAUCAGUUACUCUUAUUAGCCACUUUACUAGAAGCAUCUACCUUACCUACACUCACUGGCCACUUAAUCUCCUGCACCUGUUUUAUAUGUGCAUUUUAUAAGGGUACAAUUAGAGACUGCAAUCCAUCUUGGCAUUCAUGAUUCAUCAUUCACCAUCUAAACCUUUCAUCAAUUGUCAGUUUUUGACCACCUGAUGGAUAUUAUUUGAAUUCUCCGCACAGAAUUCUCAACAUAGCCUUAACACAGAUCCUGAGAGUGGCAUGGAGGUGGGUUUUGGGCUGGUACAUAUUGGUUAAUCAGAGCAGUGUAUCUGCUGGGGUUUUAACAUGCAUCUAUGUCAUCAGUGUCACUGCUAGACUGAAAUCUCCAUUACCUAAAAACACCCGCCCAUCAAUGGAUCAGUGGUCAGAAAUGAGCCAUUACUGAAGGGCUCACGAGAGGAGCAAGGGAUUGGUGUUUUAAGUGUACAUCUGACUCAUGUGUAUGUGGAGAUGUCUUUAAGCAUAGUGGGAGAUGUGUCUUCAGCUGUGGAAUCUAGCCUAUAUCAGCGUCUGCAUGCCAUCCUCAGAGAACUAGACACUGACAAUCAGUCUGGCUCAGCCUGCAAUAAAGGCAUGCUGAGAUGGACACUGCACAAAAAAGUGGAGAAUAAUCCCUCUACCAGUGUGUCUCUGUUAAGGGUACUUGUUAAGGAGCUUGAGAAGGCAGAUAAGGUUGACUACAGAAUUCGCAUCAUUCCCUUGCUACACACAUUGGUCUAUGCAGUUAUGCAGUCUGUCUAUAUUCCAGAUGACUUGUGUGAGAGGGUGUACGUGUGUCUGAAUCGGCUGGUUACGCUACCCGAGCCUUACUGUUCUUUAGGCCUCAACUAUGCAAAAUGCAUGAAAAUGGAAUGCAGAAUACCAGGUGCUCUGUAUCUAAGGCGUGUGAUUGCUGAGCACAGCCUAAACAAUGAAUAUUGUACCCUUCAUGAGAGGGUAUUUAUGUUUGUUGACCCGGCUGUGUUCCCCCUGCCUCUGCUCAAUGCAGUCAGGGCUGAAGUGGAGGGCACAGCCUCAGGAAAUGACCCACAGAGUCACCAGCGCUGGGUCCUGCUGCACACACUGCAAGCUGGACUGGGGAGGCACUGCCAUGGACGAGCACUUGCACAAGCCCUGGAGGAUUUAGGUGAAGAUGUUGAAAGAUACUUCCAGGAUGUUGUGGCCACUGUAGAGGAGAUGAUAGGGAAUGGAGGUUUAGACAGUGACCAGUACAGCACAAGACUACAGCAGAUCUACCAUGACAUUGUUUCUUCUGCAGACCAAGAACAGUCUGGUCCCACCUGUCUAGUUGGCUCCCCACUGCCAAGUCCUGAGAUCAGCUUUCAUAUCUGGACUAAGGAAGAUGAGAUAUGGAAUGAGGUGGUUAACUUCACUCUGAUGGUGAGUCCAGCAGAACACAGCUCUGCAUUCCUAGAAGAGGACAACAUGGCCAAACGUGCAUCUGUCAUCUCCACCAUGUCUGUAGACAGUGGAAUAGAGGCAGACCUGCCUUUGAAUAAGUUCUCCUCUCUAAUGGUGGAGCCCUCUGGCAUCCUGGAUGUCCAGGAGCAGCUGAAAAGCUCACAGUUCUUCAGGAGGCAAUGCGUAAGGUGCCCAAAGGCUGGGAACAGAAUGACCCUUAUGAUGGAAACCAUUAAGGAAGGUGGAGGAUCUGGAAGAUGUGGAAAGUCCCUCCCUAAAGAGGAGAAGAACUUCACUGCUCGCAUUGUUGUCAUGGGUGAUGAUAGGACUCUCGGCAGACUAGGCAGGACUUAUCACAAUAUACGAAAAAGGGAGGCUCAACAUCUUUUUCUUACAAAGAGAGUCAACUUGGAAAUAUACUACAUUCCUGUCACCAGUGAGCCUGUUACAACUUCUCUAAUCCAGGAUAGUGUACCAGCAGUUGUAGACAUGCUUACAAUAGCAGGGUCCCUGGGCUGUGUGGAUCCAUGGUAUGACUGCAACAUUAACAGCCUGGGAGCUAUGAUACUGAAACUAGCCAAAAUGCAUUCACAAGAUGGUGGAUCCUCAAAGCCUAACUCCUUUCUACUGGACAUCAUAUCGUACUAUACUCGCACAGCACAGCAGCCUGUCCACAUCCCCAUCUACUCCGUUAAGAUUGCCUUCUCUGGUAUGAACUCUAAGGCUGUAGAGGAGCUGUUUGUGUGUCAGCUACACAUGGACUUCGCUAUGCUCAGACCCCUCAGAGCCACAUUUAAAGACACAAUCAAAGGAUCAGUGCGGUCCAAGAUAUGCAUGCAAGAAGAUGGUGGAGUGGUUGUGUCUGUCAACUAUAGAAAGGCCUCUAUAAGCAACCGUGAGCUGGACCAAGGAAUGUCUCUGAUGACAUGUGGUGUGUUGAUCAGUGCCUUUCCCUCCUGUGGAAACAGAAAUCUUGACAGCCUCACUGUAGAUUUCCGUGACCCAAAUCCUGCAAGGUCCUAUGUGCUUACUCUCAGAGUGACCAGUAUUUGCAUUAGAACCCUGGAGGAGAAGACAUUUACAGUAUGCCUGGACAAAGACUUGACCAGAACCUUCAAAAAUGUUCAGAGCAUAGAGGUGUCUCCUUGCACAGACCCAGGAUAUUUCUUUCAGAAGACCAAGUGCACCAAGCGUAGUACAGAGGCAGAUGACUCAGGCUUGAGCAGAUAUCUGAGCAAGACCUUCUCUUUGCCCAUCAAUACCUUCUCUGGAACUGUACACUGACAAUAAUGUACCUCUAACAUGAACUUUACAGUAUCACACCGAUUGAAAACUCUGUGGUCAAAGUAUAUGCAUAUGCAUACAUGUGGUAUUUUGUUCAAUGUAGCCUUUACACAACAAUAGGUUUUGGUUGUUGCUGUUGUCUAUCAGAAUGUGAAUGUCUGUUGGAUUAUUUAUAUAGUCUUCCAGUCCCAGCCGUGGAUUUAAAGAUCCGCGAAUUCAAGGAUUUGCUAAACAGUUCUGCACCUGCUCCAGAACCAUCGUUAAUUUAGUGACAAUGACUCUAAUAACUAUCCAUCCCAUGCUAUAUGUUGAGGAGGGCAUGGUUUAGUAAGGAUUGUUUCAUUAUUAAUAUUUGACCUGGCUGUUUACAGUGAGUCCUUAAGAGACUUUAUAACGUUAAAGAAUUAUUUUCCAGAAGAUGGUACUGUAGCUCAGAGCUAAAAGGCCUGUCUGAAGGUGGAACAAGAGCCCAUUGACUGGUUGGUCUAUAUGUACCCAUUCCUGUUGUUAGUGAUGUUUUACAUAUAGAUAUGCAAGUGGAUAAAAACACAUUUAUAGAUAAACCCAGUCUUUAGCAAUGUAUAAGGUUACUAAACUUGUAGUUCUACGAAUAUGUUUUCACAACAUAAAUUGUACUUCUGCUGCCUAUUUAUUCCAGAAAUAAUAACAA